CGCGGUUCCCGUCUGGCUAAACAGCCUCGAACCCUCCGGAUUUCUACCAUGGCUCAACCAACUCAACAAAUUCUCAACGUCGAAACGAUUCGUGGCAAGAUCAAGAAGGUGAACUCUUCCGACACGCUCGUCAUCUGGUCCCGCGGUGCCAAUGGAGCUCCCAGUGACACGAUGGUGCAUCUGGCGAAUCUGGUUGCCCCUAAGGUGGCAGCCUAUACCCCGGACAUGAAGCAGGUUGACGAGCCGUAUGCGUGGACGGCGCGAGAAAUCCUAAGGAAAGAGCUCGUGGGACAGGACGUUACUUGUGAGGUGGAACAUCGCUCGCCGAAAGCGGUUUUCUGUCAUGUCUACAAGGGAACGUCGGCCGAUGGCGAAAGUCUCAACGAGUCGAUUGUGUCUAGAGGACUAGCCAAUGUGAGGGAUGUGAGCAGGAAGAGCGAAAAGUACGACAAGCUAAAGGAGCUCCUCGAGCAGGCUAAGGCCAGUAAGGUCGGAAUCUGGGCCGACGACGCGUCCACCCACCUCCGAAAAAUUGUGUGGCAAGUCAACGACGUCAAUAGCUUCAUCGCCAAGAACAAGAAGAAGCCUUUGAAGGCCGUCGUCGAAAGCGUUCACCCCAAUGCUUGUGGAAUUCGAGCCUUUGUCCAAUUAGAUGGUACUCACUACUAUCUCACAGUCAAUAUCGCGGGCAUUCGUGGACCGUCCGAGGAGAGUAACUUGCGCCCAAGGGCGAUCUACUACUUGGAGAUCGGUCUCCUCCAGCAGGAUGUCGAAAUCUUGCUCGAAGGCGCAGGCAACAAUGGACAGCUUUUCGGGUUCAUCAAACAUCCCCAGUACGAUGUUGCCAAGGGACUCGUUGAGAACGGUCUCGUUCAGACGCAAGACUGGUCCCUGUCCUCGAUGGAUCCAGUUUACGCAUCUACGUUGAGAAACGCCGAGAAGGUUGCCAAGCAGAAACGGCUCUGUAUCUGGAAGGACUACAAAGAGGCUCCGAAACCCGCGGCUGUAUCCGGGGGAAAUUCGACCGCCAAGGUGAUCGAGGUCGUGGCGGCCGACAUGCUCGUCGUGAAGGAGGGCGAUACCCUGAGGAAGAUCUUCUUGUCUUCCAUCAAGCCUCCCCGAAAGGAGCUCGGCAAGGAGCAGCAGGGGAAGGUCACGAUGGCGCAGCGCAUGUACCAACAGCCGUUGCUCUUCCAAGCUCGUGAGUUCCUCCGAACGAGACUGAUUGGCAAGAACGUCCAGGUUCAAGUGGAUUACAUCCAGCCCAAGAGCGAUAAUUUCCCAGAGAAGGUCUGUUGCACCGUCAAGUUCAACGGACAAAACGUUGCCGAACAACUGGUCGCUGCUGGUCUCGCAACGGUGAUCCGUUACCGACAGGACAACGACCAGAGAUCGUCUCAUUAUCUCGAACUGCAGGAGGCCGAAGGUCUCGCUCAGCAGAAACAGGUCGGCGUUCACGCCAAGAAGGAACCGGAGCCCAUGAGGGUCGCAGACCUCCAGGGUGAUCUCAUCAAGUCGAAACAAUACUUCACUAGUCUUCAACGAGGCAACCCCAACUCGGGUAUCGUCGAGUUUGUCUCAUCUGGCUCGAGACUUCGCGUCUACUGCCAGAAGCACAACUGUGUCUUCACUCUCCUGUUGAACGGUAUCCAGUGCCCUCGAUCCGGUCGUCCUGAGAGCGGAGGCGCUCCCGCCCAGAAAGGCGACCCGUACGGAGACGAAGCGAUGCAGUUCACGCGAGAUCUCUGCCUGCAGCACCAGAUCGAAAUGGAAGUCGAGAGCCAAGACAAGAACGGCGCCAUGAUCGGAAUGGUCACGCUCGACAAGAAGAACCUCUCGGUCGAGCUCGUCAAGAACGGCCUCGCCUCUGUGCAUCACUACUCGGCGGAGAAGACGAGGUAUUACACCGAACUGAAGAACGCCGAGGAAGCUGCGAAAGCCAAGAAACUCAGAAUCUGGGAGAAUUACGUCGAACCUACCUUCGAAGAGACCGUCGUCCCCGAGGUCCAGGAGGAUACCAAAUCCACGAGGAAGGUUGAACCCAAGAACGUUAUGGUGUCCGAGGUCACUUCAACUGUGAGCAAGUUCUACGUUCAAUUCAAUCAGGACGGACCCAAGCUGGAGGAGCUGCAGGCAAAGCUCCAGAAAGAGUUGCAGAAUCCCGGUCUCGGAGGAACCUUCAAGCGGGGCGAUAGGGCCGCCGCGAAGUUCCUCGAUGGCAAUUGGUACCGUGUCAAGAUCGAGAAGAUCGUCAAAGGCGUCGCGGAACUCGUCUACAUCGACUACGGAAACCGAGGCGAGUGCGAGGUCUCCAAACUGCAGCCUUUGCCUGCCGGCUUCAAUGCCCCCGACUUCGCUCAUCCUUGCAAUCUGGCCUUCGUGAAAAUGCCCAAGGACGAAGACGAACUGGCUAGCGCGAGGAAAACUUUCUCCGAAGACGUCUCGAACGCUGAGCUCAAGAUGAACGUCGAGUACGAGUUCAAUGGCGAGAAAUACGUGACUCUCAAGUCUGACGACGUAGAUAUCGGCAAAGCCUUGAUCACCGAUGGCUUCGCGUACUUCGAGCCGCGCAAAGGCGAACGCUACAAGAAAAUCUGUGAAGAAUACGAAAAAGCUCAAGAGGAGGCCAAGACCGAACGCAGAAACCUUUGGGAGUACGGCGACGCUCGUGAGGACGAAGAAGACCGCAAGUAAAUCUCAACAAUAAGGAGCCGGACGAUCGCGUGAAUGUGUUGAUUAUUUAUUCUCAACGCUUCGAUGUUUUAUCUUCUGAUCGUCUCUUCACCCUGAGAAGACGGCUCAUCGGAAGAGUGUACCCACUGGUUAUGGAUGUUGUAGACCGGACUAUCAAGUGUUUCCUAGUGUGCUCCUUUAGACUACACUCGAUCGGCUCGCAAUAUGAACAUAGAUUUACAUGUUUUCCCCUGGCGAAAAAAAUGCGAAACUGGCGAAGAGAUGACGGAUCAUGCCUUCUUAGCAGCAUCUUAUGUCUAGCUAUUCGGUACGCGAUAGGUAAUUAAGACUUCAGUGUGCGAGAGUACAAUUAAAUGAUGAUGGUGAGGAUGAUAGGCAAGACUAGACGUGUAUUUUCGGGUAUUCCUUUUCGAUUGAAUGAUGAGUCUGUGGCAGCGUCACUGCCGCUUCGCUCGGGCUAGAACCUUCAAUCUCAGAAUCAAACUUGUUCCGAUUACUACGGAAUGGUUGAACGAGAUGGCGUCUGCCUUUCGCUGAGUGCGGCUUGACCACUGUUGCAACUAUCGUUGUUGUUGUGAACACUGAUGAGUGCAGAGUAUGGAUCCGGAGAAACUUGGAAUUUUUUAACCGCGAGGCUGUGAUCCCGAAGUUUGGUCUCGUUCGCGAUCCAAACCUGUGGGAAGAUGAGCGCACUGCGAACUAGGGCGGGCCCCCUCGGCCGAGAGAGAAGAAAAGAGAAUUCUUUCGAAAUCUAAAUCAAAACUGACAAAAUCGCGAGAGGAAAAUUCCCGAAGGAAAAUCUACCUCAUCAGCGACUACGGGAACAGGAGUAGAUGACGGAUGAUACGAGAGAAUAAAGCUCAUAUAUAUUUACUUUAAUUAUAU